GGCUGUCACACGACAACUGUGUAAAGCGCUGGCUUCCGAGUUCCGGAACCGAAAGCGUCUUACGCGCAUACCGAUUACCGACAAUUCACUUUGGAGGGCGAGGAGGAGCCGCUGCAAGGCUCUGUAAGGGAUAUCCGACAUCUCUAUAGUGCUGUAAAAGGCUAGGACAAGCACAUGAUGAAGCUCGCGAGCUCGCCGACACUGUGUGCGUCGCUAUCGUCUCUGCGUUGCCUGGCGGCCCCAACCGUGCGCACCUCGCGUCUGUGCCGCGCCGGCGCACACAGGUUCCCCGGCUUCUUGGAGAAGAUCAUAUCCAGCGGCGGGAAAGGGAAGGACAAGCACACGGGCCGCGGCCGCGGCCACGGCCACGGCCAGAAGGACGACGAGCCCAGCGGCAUGUGGCGCCACCCGGGCCAUCACUGGCACGACGACGGCACUGGCGGCGGAGGCGAGGCCGCCGGGCACGUGGUGGACGGCCCCGCGGCUGACUACCUGGCGCUCCACCCGCCGCCCCUGGAGGACGACCCCUUCCACCCCCACCUGCCGCCGGGCGCCGCCGCCGCCGCCGCCGCCGCCGCCGCCGUGCUGGGGCCCGACAUGCACGGCUCCCUGGACCCCGUGGCGGCGGGCCACAUGCGCAGUGGUGGUGGUGGUGGAGGUGGUGGAGGUGGGGGUGGGGGUGGAGGUGGUGGGGGUGGAGGUGGAGGUGGCGCGGGCGGCCGUGCGGCCUCGACGCGGUUCGUGAUCAGCGGUGGUGGUGGUGUGAGUGGUGUUGGAGAUGGUGGCGGUGGCGAUGCGGCGGCGCGGCAUGCGGCGAUGAUGGCGCAGCUGCGGGAGCGCGCGCUGGGGGGCAGCAGCGACGAGGACGAGUCGUGGAGGCGCAUGGACAUUCCGGGCCUGCUGCUGAGCCCCUACCACGCCGCGGCCAUGCGGUCGCUCUCCUCAGCCAGCGACUCAGAGGACGGGCUGGACGGCUGCGGCGGCGGCGGCGGCAGCAGCAGGGGCAGGGGCGCCUGGGGCGAGCUGCUGGCGCCCGACUUUGCCGACAUGACACUGGCGCGGGAGGCGGACGCCGCGGGGGCGGCCGCCGCGGAGCAGGUGCCGCCCGAGCUGCCGCACCUGAGGCGCCUGGCGCGCGCCGCAAGCAUACUGGGCGUGCACGGCGCAGCGGGCCGCGGGCCGGCGGCGGGGCUGGGGCUGGGGCUGCGUGGUGGGGAGGCAGGCGUGGGCAUGGGCGUGGACUGGGGCUGGGCAGCCUCGGGGGAUGCGUCCGGCAGCGAGGCGGCCGAUUGGAUGCUGGAGGCAAACAGGUUCGCGGGCCUGCCAGAGGAGCCGUUGACGCCGCAGCAACUGGAGGCGGCGGCGGCGCUGCUUCUGGGAAACAUCAGCCCCGCCGCCGGCCUGCACGCCAGCUGGUGCGCCGCCGGCAGCGUUUCCACGGGUUCCGAUGCCGAUGCCGACACCUCGUAUGAGGGGGAGCGCGGGUCCGCGCCUGCUACAGCCGCUGCGGCCGCUGCUGCUACUGCCGGUGAUGCCGCCCUAAUUGGCGGCAACACGGUGGCCCAAGCCUCCAGGCAGCCCCGUGGCAGCAACAGCAGCAGUAGCAGCGGCAACAGCAGCAGUAGCAGUGCCCGGGCGGCGGCUGCAGCAGCCGUGUCGGAGGAGGGCAUUGAUUGGCUAGGCGGCCCGCUGGCAGUACCAGUGCCCGCCGCCGCAAAGAACGGCAGUAGCAGCGGCACCAGCAGCAGCAGCAGCGCAGAGGAGAGCCGCUCUGUGCAGCUGCGCCGCAGCGCCGGCCGCGCGGCGGCUGACGGGGUGGCUGGUCUGGACGCAGCCACCCGCAGGCGUGUGGCCGCAGCCAUUGCGGACGAAGUGGCUGACGCGCACGCCCACGUGGUGCGGGGGCACUCGGCUGCUGCUGCCGCUGCUGCUGCCGCUGCUGCUGCUGCUGCUCCUGGCGGCAGUAGCACGUCCUCGGCAGAUGAGAAGCGGCAGCAGCAGCAACAGCGCUACAGCCUGACGCUUGGCGUGGCGGGCGCCGCAGGGCAGCUGGCGGCGGACGCGGCGGCGGCGGACGUGGCGACGGAGGCGCGGCGGGCGGUGUGGGGCGAUGGCGGCUGGCCGUACGGUGCGGCCGUACGGACCACGGACGUCGUGGAGGAGCUGAAGCAUGAGAUACAGGCGCAGCAGGAGGCGGCGCAGCAUGGCGGCGGCGCCGCCGCCGGCGCGCCGCUGGGCCUGCCCUAGAGAGUGCGGGUAUUGGAGUUCAGGGUUGCGGCCGUGACACCGCCGGGUUCCGGGAUGCGUGCAGCCACGACGUGGCCGGCUGUUUUUGCUUCUGUGUAGCAGGGUAGCUGAUCAAAAGGCACCUCAAGAUGUCAUCCACGGUCCUUGUCUAGGAGUUGUCGGAGAUACCAUUGGGAAUGAAUGCGGGUAUCCCCACGUUGUGAGCGGGGCUCGUUGUGUGCUGCUGGUUCAGUAGGCUCAUGUUUGGGUUCGCUGUAUGUAUAAACGACACGGUACAAUUUGGACCUGGCCCAGCAAAUAAGUAGAAUUUUGCAAGGCAGGUGCCCGCCAGGGAGGCAGGCAUUUGUGCCCGCCAGGGAGGCAGGCAUUGGUGCCCCCAGGGAGGCAGGCAUGAUGCUGGUGGAGUAAGGGUUGGUCCACGGAACGUCAAAGGACACUCUUGCAAUGGGAUCACGGGGGCUUCGCAAUACCUCGUUGGGUUUGGCACGGGCGCAGCGCCGGGGCACACAUCUCGCCCGUCGCGGAUUGGAGGUGGACGUGCGUGCGUGCGCUGGCGUAUCUGCCACGCCUGUGCCACGCGCGCUUCAAGUUCGACGUUCCUAUGUGCGCGAACCUCAAGCGACAUCCAGUCUUGUAAUUGUGGGGGAGG